AUGGAGCGGGCGCUGGGGCUGCCCGCAGAAGAGGACCUCUUCCACAAGAGCCUCGCCGCCUCGGCCAAGCGCAUGGAGUCCGCCUUCCGCUCGCCCCCGGGGCUCGACCUCUCCCACCCCCGCGACCGCCAGCCCUCGCCGCUCGCCUGCUACGAGGCGGCGGAGCCCGAGGCGCUGCUGCAGCCCGGCGUCGGCGGCGACCCGCUGGCCCUGCCGCCGGGCUCCGUCUGCGUCAAGUACGGCGAGAGCGCCAGCCGCAGCUCGGUGGCCGAGAGCAGCGGCGGCGAGCAGAGCCCCGACGACGACAGCGACGGCCGCUGCGAGCUGGUGCUGCGCGGCGCCGGGGGGGACCCGCGCGUCGCCUCGCCGGCGGCGGGCGGCGGCGGCGGCGGGGGGGGCGGGGGGCUGAAGGCGGCCGAGGGCGGCUGCUCCAACAGCCACGGGCACGGCGGCAGCAAGAAGUCCAAGGAGCAGAAGGCGCUGCGCCUCAACAUCAACGCGCGGGAGCGGCGGCGGAUGCACGACCUGAACGACGCGCUGGACGAGCUGCGGGCGGUCAUCCCCUACGCGCACAGCCCCUCGGUGCGGAAGCUCUCCAAGAUCGCCACGCUCCUCCUGGCCAAGAACUACAUCCUGAUGCAGGCGCAGGCCCUGGAGGAGAUGCGGCGCCUGGUGGCUUAUCUCAACCAGGGCCAGGCCAUCUCGGCCGCCUCCCUGCCCAGCUCCGCCGCGGCGGCGGCGGCGGCGGCGGCGGCGCUGCACCCCGCCCUCGGCGCCUACGAGCAGGCGGCCGGGUACCCCUUCAGCGCCGGGCUGCCCCCCGCCACCUCCUGCCCGGAGAAAUGUGCCAUUUUCAACAGCGUCUCCUCCAGCCUCUGCAAACAGUGCACGGAGAAGCCUUAA